CCCGGCCAGCGGCGCGGCGUCCGGGGAGGAAAUGGAUGCUGUGCGGGCCUGCCGGCUCCGGGGGCGGGGAAAUCGAGUAGCUGCACUCAGGCCCCGCCCGAGACCCGGAGGGAGCGCCGGGCCGUCCCCUUUUUCCCUCUUUUGCGCUGGGCUGAGCCCAGAGCCGAGAGCAGGAGUCGGCUCUGAGUUCCCUGCUUGGUUUUUGGGUGGCAGCAGCCAGAGGAGGAAUAUGGCGCUCUUAGGCAGCCGAGCGGAGCUGGAAGCGGACGAGGAUAUUUUCGAAGAUGCCUUGGAAACCAUCUCAAUAUCUUCUCACUCAGAUAUGGCAACAAGCAGCCUUCACUUUGCAUCAUGUGAUACACAACAGGCGCCCAGACAGCGCGGAGCAUCUACUGUGAGCAGUUCAUCAUCAACCAAGGUGGAUCUCAAGAGUGGCCUCGAAGAAUGUGCUGUGGCAUUGAACUUAUUUCUAAGCAACAAAUUUACAGACGCCUUAGAAUUGCUUCGCCCCUGGGCUAAGGAGAGUAUGUACCAUGCCUUGGGCUACAGUACCAUUGUGGUGUUGCAGGCUGUCCUGACCUUCGAGCAACAGGACAUCCAGAACGGCAUGUCUGCCAUGAAGGACGCUUUACAAACUUGCCAAAAAUACAGGAAAAAAUACACAGUUGUAGAAUCUUUCUCAAGUCUUCUUUCUAGAGGAUCCCUGGAGCAACUGAGUGAAGAGGAAAUGCAUGCUGAAAUCUGUUAUGCCGAGUGUCUCCUACAGAAAGCUGCACUCACGUUUGUGCAGGAUGAAAAUAUGAUCAACUUCAUCAAAGGUGGACUCAAAAUUAGAACAAGUUACCAAAUAUAUAAAGAAUGUCUUACUAUCCUGCAUGAAAUUCAGAAGAACAAACUUCAGCAGGAAUUCUUCUAUGAGUUUGAAGGGGGUGUCAAGCUUGGCACUGGGGCCUUUAAUUUGAUGCUGUCCCUUUUACCAGCAAGGAUUAUCAGACUACUAGAAUUUAUUGGAUUUUCUGGAAAUAGGGAGUUGGGCCUCUUGCAGUUACGCGAAGGUGCUUCAGGAAGGAGCAUGAGGUCUGCACUGUGCUGCUUAACCAUCUUAGCUUUUCAUACUUACAUCUCUCUAAUACUUGGUACAGGAGAAGUGAAUGUUGCGGAAGCAGAGCGUCUCCUGGCACCCUUCCUCCAGCAGUUUCCAAAUGGCUCACUCGUGUUGUUUUAUCAUGCCCGAAUAGAGUUGCUGAAAGGGAAUCUUGAAGAGGCACAAGAAGUAUUUCGAAAAUGCGUUUCAGUUCAAGAAGAAUGGAAACAGUUUCACCAUCUCUGCUACUGGGAGCUAAUGUGGAUUAAUGUUUUCCAACAAAACUGGAUGCAGGCAUAUUACUAUUCAGAUCUGCUUUGCAAAGAGAGUAAAUGGUCCAAGGCAACUUAUGUGUUCUUGAAAGCGGCAAUUUUGACUAUGCUUCCAGAGGAGGAUGUAGUAGCAACUAAUGAAAAUGUGGUAACUUUAUUCAGACAGGUGGACAGCUUGAAGCAGAGAAUUGCCGGGAAAUCUCUCCCUACUGAGAAGUUUGCUGUGAGGAAGGCUCGGCGUUACUCUGCCUCCUUACCUGCACCUGUGAAGCUCAUCUUACCUGCCCUGGAAAUGAUGUAUGUCUGGAAUGGUUUUUCAAUAGUGAGCAAAAGAAAAGACGUUUCUGAAAAUCUGUUGGUAACUGUUGAAAAAGCUGAGGCAGCUUUACAAAGUCAAAAUUUUAACAGCUUCUCUGUGGACGAUGAGUGCUUAGUGAAGUUACUUAAAGGAUGUUGCCUCAAGAACUUACAGCGGCCCUUGCAAGCUGAACUAUGUUACAAUCAUGUUGUAGAAAGUGAAAAGCUACUGAAGUAUGACCACUACCUAGUGCCGUUCACUCUGUUUGAAUUGGCAUCUUUGUAUAAAAGCCAGGGGGAAAUUGACAAGGCCAUAAAGUUCCUAGAAACUGCAAGGAACAACUACAAAGAUUACUCCUUGGAGUCCAGACUACACUUCAGAAUUCAGGCAGCUCUUCACCUCUGGAGAAAACCUUCCUCAGAUUGAUCAGAACUUGAAGGAUGGAAUUUUCCCUCAAUUAGCAUUGGCAUCUGCUCUAGAUUCAACCUUAUAUUAAAGUGGAAAAGUGAUCUUGUGAAUAAGAGACAAAAAACCAGUUUUUUUUUGUCAAUAUUUUCUAUCAUCUGAGCGAUUUACUGUUGUUCUACAUAAUUUUUUUUCCUAUGGAAUGGCAUUCUAUAUUAUCUAGAAAAUUCUUAUAUUUUGCCUCCCCCAAAAGAAUUUCAUAUUAUUUGAAUUAGGGGGUGAAGAAGUCUUUUGAAAGACUUGCAGAUGCAAUAGUCUAAUUAGAUUAUUUAUUUUUUUAAUGUGGAAAUUAAUAUUGUUUAGCAAAUAGCUUACAAGUUGAGCCAAUUUUGGAUUUGUUGGGUAGUUAAACUUCAGAGAUAUUUUGUUGCCUAGUAUUUAAAUUUCAGAAGAUAAAUAAAUACCAUUUCAUUUAAAAUAGCUUAACAGUGACCUUCAGAAGACUUCUGAAAAAGUCUGAGAACAUGAACACAGAUGGGAUAUAAUGUACUUCAUGGGUUGAAGAGACCUGUCUCUAUAAAGGAUGAUACAGUAUUCAGUUAUUGGUUUUUUACUCUUCAUUUGAUUAAAGGUGGUGACAUUUUGGAGAGACUGAUUUUGAAUGUACUUAAAUCUAUUAUAAUAACAAAAUUCAAAAACCCCUGUGUGUCUAAAGGGAAGGAAGUGUCAUGUUUUAGGAAUUUUUCUUAACCUUAGCAAUGAGAGCCUAAAAUACAUACAUGGAUUAUUUUUCUUCUAGGAAGUAAAUUUCCUGCUGCUUUAAAUGAUAUGUAAAAUAUCAAUAAUUUUUACACUUAAGAUGUUGGUAAGACCUAGUUUUCUAAUCUCUCUAGCACUGUGAUGUCUCCUUAUAGAUAAUCUGGACCUUGCUUAGUCCUUUAGUUGGGAAACAGAAUCAGGGCAUAGAGCAGAAGAGAGCUUGACACCCCAUAUGGUCCUGGUUCUGCUACCCAUUAGCGAUUAGUGAGGGGAACUUUAGGGAGUCCACUGUGCCCUGUGUGUCACCAUAUUUUCUUCUGUGAAAUCUAGAUUAAAGAACAGAUGACUUUCAAGGUCUUUUUCAGUUCUAGAACUGUGAGUCUGUGUAUUAGGUAUUUAUUUUCAACAAAGGAUUUUAAAAUGUUGAAUGCAGACCA